GGAGGGUGACACUUCCUUCCUUGUCCAAGUCCUUCUAUAAAGAGAAGACUCAGCUUUGGCAGAGGCCCCAUAACGCUGCAGACUGGGCUAAAGAGACCAGCAACAAGGUGGCCCUGAGAAUAUUGACUUGCACCUUGGUGAGGAUGCAAACCCAGGUGUUGUCGUGGCUGGCCCUCAGCAUCCUACUGGGCAUCCCUGCAGGAGCCAAGCCAAUGCCAGAGGAAGCAGAUCCCUACACACAGCCACCAGCCAUGCCCUACUGGCCUUUCUCCACCUCUGACUUCUGGAACUAUGUGCAGUAUUUCCAGAGCCAGGGCGCCUACCCACAGAUUGAGGACAUGGCCAGAACGUUCUUUGCACACUUCCCCCUGGGGAGCACCCUGGGCUUCCACGUCCCCUACCAGGAGGACUGAGCAGUGCGCAGUCUGCUGCCCGCCUGGCUGCCUGGGCCCAAGGAGGUCCAGGGACACAGCGGUGGGCGGGGCGGGGGGCUCAUGCUCAAUAAACUCCCGCUGAAGAUGCAUAACACCCC